CUACCAGACUUUACCUGCGUGACGCCAGCAGACCUGCUCACAGCACGAGUGACGUGGGGGCCAUCAGAAGUAAGCCAUCAAAAGCAGCGGUACCCGUAGCUGCUCCUCCACUCAUUUCGACUUUCUUGAGUUAUCCCCCGGCCACCGCAUCCUUCCAUUGUUGAGGCAAGGAUUAAGUCCAGACAACAGGGAAGCUACAGCAGACAGAGCCACAGCCACCAUGGACUACGACUCCGAUGUUUCUAUUGUAAGCCGCAAGGUGUCACGUACAUACAAUGUCUACCGUGGGGCGUCCCCAACCACUCAGAACAGAUUGGAGGUGCGAAACGUCUCACGGACGUACAGUAGCGGCGGGGAGACGACCGUGAACAAGAGUGAGUCCCGGGUCGUGAACGCUGCCAACCAGAUGUUUGAGCGAGACGAAGCGAGGUACCAGUCUCGUCUGAGAGAACUGGAAGAUGCUCUGGACAGUGAAAGAGAUGGACGCCUUAGGGCGGAGAAACUUUUGGCUGAGAUGCAGUUCAGGUACGAACAGGUUCAAGACAGCCUGGAGGAGCAAGGUGGAGUGGCAUCCCAACAGAGCGAAAUCAGCAAGAAGCGAGAGGCUGAGGUGAACAAACUGAGGAAAGACCUGGAAAUGGUCAAUGCUCAGUUCGAACAAACAGAAAACAGUCUCAGGAAAAGACACCAGGAAUCAAUCAAUGACCUUUCUGACCAAAUCGAACACCUGCAGAAAUCCAAAACCAGGGUCGAGAAAGAAAAACAGACCCUCGUCAUUGAACUGGAUGGCCUUUCUGGACAACUGGACUCUGUCAGCAAGGCCAAGGCCUCAGCUGAGAGCAAGCUUGACGCCUCUGAACAAGCCAACAUUCGCUUCAAGGCUCAAGUGGACGACAUGGCCCGCCAGUUGAACGACUUAACUUCAUUGAAAGCCAGACUCACACAGGAGAACUUUGACCUUCAACACCAGGUCCAAGAACUCGACUCCAGCAAUGCCGCCCUUGCCAAAGCCAAAUCCCAACUCCAACAUCAAAAUGACGACCUUAAACGUAAUCUUGAUGACGAAUCUAGGCAAAGACAAAACCUGCAAGUGCAGCUCUCUGGAUUACAAAGUGACUACGACAAUCUGAACGCUCGUUUUGAGGAGGAGGCCGAAUCAGCCAACAACCUCCGCGCUCAGCUCAGCAAAGUCAACACCGAGUUCAGCGUCCUCAAGGCACGAUUCGACAAGGAGAUCCAGAUCAAGACCGAGGAAUUCGAGGAGCUGAGACGUAAACUGACAGUCCGCAUCACUGAGCUUGAAGACAUCAACGAGCAGCUCCGUGUCAAGAACGGCGGCCUUGAGAAAGCUAAAGCCAAACUUACAGCUGAAAUCAAGGAAAUCACCAUCGAGCUUGAAAACACACAGAUCAUCGUCCAAGACCUCACCAAACGCAACAGACAGUUGGAGAACGAGAACGCCGCCCUCCAGAAACGUGUGGACGAGCUGACCAUCGAGAACAACAGCCUGCGUGCAGACAAGGCCAAUCUGGAGCAGGAGGUGUACAGGCUCCGUGUGGCCAACGCUGAACUCACUGAGCGCAACGACAACCUGCAGAGGGAGAACAAACAACUUUCGGAUCAACUUCGUGAGGCCAACCAGGCAUUGAAGGAUGCCAACCGCGAACUCGCUGAUCUGCGUGCAUUGAGAGCUCAGUUGGAGGCUGAGAGAGAUUCCCUUGCUGCUGCCCUGAAGGACACCGAAGAUGCUCUUCGCGAUGCUGAAAACAAACUGGCCAACGCCAACGCUGCCCUUGAGAAACUCAGACAAGACAUGGAAGCCAGACUUCGUGAGAAGGAUGAGGAACUCGAGAACAUCAGACGUAGCAGUGCCAGAGCCAUUGAGGAACUCCAGCGUACACUGAUCGAGGUGGAGACCCGCUACAAGUCUGAGAUCACCCGCAUCAAGAAGAAGUACGAGUCUGACCUCCGUGAACUUGAGGGUGCACUGGACAACGCCAACAGGGCCAACGCCGAGUACCUGAAACAGAUCAAAUCCCUCCAGGGCCGUGUCAAGGAGCUGGAGACACUUCUGGAGGAGGAGCGUCGUAUCGUGGAUGACCUCCGCAACCAGCUGUCACUCAGUGAGAGGAAGAGACUCGUCCUUGCCCAGGAGCUGGAGGAUGCCAGAUCACUGCUUGAAGCUGCCGAGCGUGCUCGCAAGAACGCCGAGGGUGAACUGCAAGAGGUCAACAUUCGUAUCAGUGAGCUGACCAUUCUUGUCACAUCUUUGACUAACGACAAGAGACGUCUGGAAGGAGACGUUGGUGCUCUCCAGAGUGACCUUGAUGACGCCAUCAACAACCAACGUGCAGCUGAAGAACGUGCCGAGAGAUUAGCCAAUGAGAAUGCACGUCUUGCUGAUGAACUUCGUCAAGAACAGGAGAACUACAAAAACGCAGAGAGUCUGCGCAAACAACUUGAGAUUGAAAUCAGGGAGAUCACAGUCCGUCUGGAGGAAGCUGAAGCUUUUGCCCAGAGGGAAGGCAAGCGCAUGGUCGCCAAACUUCAGAGCCGCGUGCGUGAUUUGGAGGCUGAGCUUGAAGCAGAGAACAGGAGAGUGCGUGAGGCCGUGGGCAACCAACGAAAAGCUGAGCGCUUUUACAAGGAACUCCAGACACAGACAGAGGAGGAGAGGAAGCAACUGGCCGAGUUGCAGAGCCUGAACGACCAGCUCACCAUUCGCGUCAAGACCUACAAGAGACAGAUUGAAGAGGCCGAGGAUGUAGCCAGCCUGACAAUGAACAAGUACCGCAAGGCCCAGGCCCUCAUUGAGGAGGCUGAAGCCAGAGCUGAUGUCGCCGAGAAAAAUCUUCAGACCGUCCGCCGUUCUCGUUCUAUGUCCGUCACACGAGAAAUUACCAGGGUGGUCAAAAUUUAAAUGAUUCUCCAAGCUUAGCUCAUGACGUGUAUAAAGAGUUCAAUGUCCAGCUUCUCUUCUCCCUCAUUCUUUCAGUUUGCUUACGUGUAUUGGUAUCAAAGACAUACAGCGGCACUUGUUUCUGGAGCCUGUGCUACAUACAGCCAAGAUGGCCGCCAGAGAACAGCUACCAGAUCAGGUGUACAUGAGAUGUGGAACUCUUUAGAUCAUAUACCAAAGUUGUAUGAAAAAGUAUCGUUGAUUCAAAUCGAUGAGUAACGGAAUAAAUUAUUUAUCUGUCCAUGCUUUUUGUGCUAGUCAAGCGAUAAUAAAAGAAAUUAUUCAGCAUUUUGUGACUGUUUCUGUUUCAUUGCUGUGUGGGACACUAUUUCUUCCAGGAUCUAAAAUAUUCUCUAUCCAAGUGAUCAUUUGUAAUUAUUAGUAGAACAGGUCUCUGUAAGAUUUGUAAAUACUUUUAUUCUUUAUUUUUUUCAUUAGAAAUAGCAUUUAUUAAAUUGAAUGGUUUUGUAUAAAUAUUUGUAGCUAUCAUGAAAACUGGAGUACCCUAAAGUCAGGGUACCGACUGUGUGAGACACCUUGUGGAAGCUCCUCUCAACUUUUUGUUAUACCAUUCAUUAUGACUUGUUUACUACACGUAUAUUUAUUGAUAUUUUAUUUAAGGCAGUGGUCUGCCCAAGUGCUUUAAAUCUUGAGCUGCUUCUUGCGCUAGAUGUGUGACAGAUAUUGGUGACGUCAUGUUCUUGUCUUGUUCUGCAAGAUGUCUCUACGUGUUCAUUUUUUUAUUCAAACUUGCAAAAACCUAGAAGUAUAUUUGUUGCUGUGCUUUUGUAUUACAUCAUUUUUAUACAACUGAGAAUGGCUUAUAACAUUUUAUAGGCUUUAUCUAUUUACAAGCUGUGUUAAGUUAUAAAAAAAAACUAAGAAGGGACUAAUGAACAUCUUUAAAUAAUCAGACGCGAUACAGAUAAAAAUUGACCAGCUAUUGUUUUAAAAAGUUGCUCGGGACUAGAUAUGAAAUAAAACAAAAGCACCGUC